CGAUGAGACAAGAAGGCGUCUGUGACAGACAAGGUUAUUUAUUGUGGCUCAUCCUCUCUGCACGGACAGAAGCGGCAGGAGUCGACAGACGUCCACAUCACUGUCUCAUCCUCCUCAUAUAGAUAAACACAGACGAGAGAGAAUGUGGAGCACCAGCUCUGACACCCACCCGUCAGGCUUUGACCUGACCAUGGGGUUGGAUGGGGAUAAAGAGGGGUGCCACGGGUCUGGAGAUGUGAACAAACAUCAUGGAGGAGACCAGAGAAAAGAGGACCAUGGUUCUCAUGGCGGAGGAGGCGGCCACGAUGGUUCUCAUGGCGGCGGAGGCGGCCAUGAUGGUUCUCAUGGCGGAGGAGGCGGCCAUGAUGGUUCUCAUGGCGGCCAUGAUGGUUCUCAUGGUGGAGGAGGCGGCCGUGAUGGUUCUCAUGGCGGAGGAGGAGGAGGCCAUGAUGAAUCUCAUGGUGGAAGAGGUGGCCAUGAUGAACCAGAGAGAAGAGGCCACCAUGGUGAUGGUGGUGGUAGAGAAGGCUGCCAUGAUAAUGAUCGGAAAAGUCACAGCCCUGGUCGUCGUCGUCGUGGGAGUGGUGGUGGGAGCCCCAGACGCCGCAGUGGUGGAAGUGGUGGCAGCAGUAGCAGCGGUGAAAGCUCUGGUGAGGACGGAGGCCACGGAAAGCAUGGACGCAAACACAAGAACAAGCACGGCAAGGGGCACGGGCACGGGCAUGGUCAUGGUCAUGGUCACGGGCACGGAAGAUGGUAGAAAGGCGGCCGAAGAGAACCCGAUCAACAAUCUGCACAAACCGAUGUCGCUGAUUAACAAUGAAGUCAAUCCUGUAUUUCUGCACUUCAAUAAAAUGUUUUAAAACAAA